GAAGUGCUGUCAUGGUGGACCCGGCGGCUCCCGGCCGAUUGGAAAAAGGCCCUGGAAAUCUAAGGGUACAGGAGGCGACCGGUCCUGGAGGAGCCCUGGUGGAGCUCACCCCGACCCCCGGCGGCCUGGCUCUGGUGAGCCCCUACCACACCAACCGGGUCGGGGAUCCCUUAGACCUCGUGGCGCUCGCCGAGCAGGUGCAAAAGGCUGAUGAAUUCAUUCGAGCAAAUGCUACUAACAAGCUGACAGUCAUUGCUGAGCAAAUCCAACACUUGCAAGAACAAGCUAGGAAGGUACUGGAAGAUGCUCGCAGAGAUGCUGACUUGCACCACGUGGCUUGUAAUAUGGUGAAAAAACCUGGCACCAUUUACUAUCUUUACCAGCGGGAGAGUGGCCAGCAGUACUUGUCCAUCAUUUCUCCAGAGGAAUGGGGAGCAGGCUGUCCACAUGACUUCCUUGGUGCCUACAAGCUGCAACAUGACUUGUCGUGGACUCCAUACGAAGACAUUGAGAAGCAAGAUGCUAAAAUUGGCAUGAUGGACAAGCUGCUGAACCAGCCCAUAGCCUUGCCCCCAUGCACUGAACCCACCUUCCAGGGACUAACUCACUGAGUGUAGCUCUGAGGAACAGUGCUCAUGACAAAGGCCUGACCACCACCAACCGUCUCCUUGUCCACAUUCUCUUCCUUGUGUGUGUGUGGGGAGGCUCAUGAGGACUUUGGGUUUUGGGGUGAAUCAUGAACUCCUUGGAAGGAGAGCCUGGUGAAUGGGGUAAGGAUGGUGAAUGGAAUCGCUGAACUCCUGUGGGAUCUUCCUGAGCCCACCGAUACCCAGUCACUCGGUUUCAGAGGAUUAGGUAGUGCUUUCCUUCACCUCAGCACUGGGGAAGGAAGAACUCUCUUCCCACAACAAGCUGGUGGGUCAUUUUCCUGUCUUUUGUGUCAGGUUGGUAUUGAAGCUGUCUACGUAGGUGCUGUGCCAAUUUAAGGUUGAUUCAGGAAUUGCAGUGUUGCCUAUGGAGGAUUAAAAGAA